AUGGCGGACACCACUCCCGCGGACAGAGACGCGACGAUGGAGCUCAACGCGCGCCUCGCGAGGUUCGGCGUCGAGGUCGUAACGCGCGAGGGCCGCGGGCGCUGCCUCGUCGCGACGAGAUCGCUGACCCCUGGGACGCUCGCGCUGUCGUCGCUGCCGCUCGCGUGCGCGCCGUUCCAGGAGCUCACGCGGCAGCGAUGCGGCGCGUGCUUCGAGCGCCCGCCGAUCGUGCGGCGAUGCGGCGCGUGCGACCGCGCGCUGUUCUGCGACCGCGCGUGCCAGGCUGCCGCGUGGGUGGCGGGGCAUUCGAGGGAGUGCGAGAAGGCGAAGGAGCUCGAGAAGCUGCCGACGGCCGUCGCGUCCGAGGCUGUGCUCGUCUCGCGCGUCCUCUGGGCCGCGCACGACGCCGCGAAAAAAUCAUCGCGCUCGCGCGCCGACGCCGACGCCGACGCCGACGCCGACGCCGAAUCGCCGCCUCGCCGCGGCCCCUCUCCCGGCCUCGUCCGCCCUCCCUCCUCCGACGCCGGGCUCGAACCGCUCGAAUCGCUCGCGUCCGACGUCGAGUCGAUGACGCGAUGGACGAUCGGCGACGACGCGCCGGCCGAGUACGACGCGACGACGGAGCCGAAAGAGAUCCCGGUGAGCGACCGGUGGAAGUUCAAGAACCAGGAGACGCCGACGGCGUUCGACGACAUCGCGUACCGCGAGCGGUGGGCGAAGAAGCAGGCGAAGGCGGCCGCGGAGAAGCCCGGGACGAUCGAGGAGAUGGUCGAGGCGAUCACCGCGCUGGAGCUGCACCCGCCGGGCGCGGAUGCUAAGACGAUCGCGGACGCGGUGGCGACUGGGCGAAGAAAUAACUUCGCGGUGACGGACUCUCUGCUCGCGCCCGUCGCGAGCGGGUGCUACCCGCUCGGCGCGCUGCUCAACCACUCGUGCGCGCCGAACGCCGUGAUAUCGUACCGGCUCCGUAAUGACCAUAACGGCGGCGGAAGACCCAGGGAGGACAGCGCCGCGGAUCUCCACGCGGCGGAUCGAAACGCGAACGUCGACUGGAUGAUCGGAGGCGGCGGGGUCUGGGCGCAGGAGUUUCGAGUCGUGAAGCACGUCGCCGCGGGGGAGGAGCUGACGCACGCGUACGUGGACGCGUCGGAUCCGAUAGCCGCGCGCCAGAAGAUCCUCACGACGCGAUACGGGUUCAAGUGUUUGUGCGCGCGUUGCGGCGAGGGGAAGCCGAUGACCGGAUGCCGCGGCGGCAAGUUGAACCGCCCGAACACCGCGGUGUACGAGAGAGCGCUGGAGAUCAUCGAAGAGGCGAUGUACGAGAAGGAUCUGGACAGAGAGAAAGAGAAAGCGCACCAGGCUGUGCACGUCCUCGCGGUCGCGAUGGACGACAUGGGCGAAGGCGAAUACGGCCCCUCGAUGAGUUUCGAGUUGAAAGACGUCGACCCCGAGGAGCUCGCGACGAGGUACGGCCCUUCGCCGACCGUCAGCGCGCGCGUCAGGGCGCUGCACAUCGCGUUCAACGCCGCGAUGCUGGAAGGGGAUUGGCCGUACGCGAGAGGGUUGGGCGCGAGCCUGAUUUUAGGGAGAGAGGCUGCGUUCGGGACCGCGUAUCAUCCGAGGGUGGGAUUGGAUCUCGUCACGCUCGCGGGCGUCGCCGCGGAGGCCGGCGAUUACUUCGCCGCGAAAGAGACGCUGCACAAAGCCCAGGAGAUCUUGGAGAUCACGUGUGGGAAGAACUCGAAGCUGUUCAAGGACACGUUGGUUCUGUACGACAGGAUCGUGGAGGUGGAGACGGAGCGAACGAUGACGCCGACGACGCCGUCGCCGAUGCCGCCGUUGGUGGACAACAAGGCGAACUGA